CUAAAUCAAGAGAAAUAACAGAUCCCAAAUCCAAGUGAACUGGGAGAAAACCACUGCACUGCUCAUACCAACAAGAAUGAAUCUUUAAGUCAAAGAGUUUCGAUGCAGUAAUGUUAAAACUGAACAUGUUAUCACAUCCGAUAAGCAACAGUCUCUCGAGCAUAGGAACAUUAACCCUGUAAUCUAGAGCAACAUUAGGCUCGAAUUUAGAAUUUACAAAAGCAAGUGAGGUGGCAUUAGGUAAUAUGCAAGGCAUAUUUAAUGGUUCAACAGAGACUCCGUGGAUCCACAAUCUCUUGAGUGUUGGACAAGAGAAUAUGCAUUUAGGCAGCGAGUAUUCAUCUUUAUCUACUAGAAAACGAAUAUCGAGUUGUUCAACACCUUUUCGUGUGACCAAAAGGAACCAUUGAUCAAUUUCAAAUGCCCGUGAUGUAAGCGAACUCCUCCCAUGAUUAAUAAAUGAAAAUUCAAAUUUGCGAAUAUGACCAUUGUGCUGCAUGAGAACUUUGUUGACUACAUGCAUGCCAGCAGAGGUCAAGACAUCACUAUUCAUUGUUUCAGAUUUUGUUGUUUUGGUCAUGAGGUCACUGUGAGCAGAUGAAUAUUUCCUCUCGAUGUAAUGAAAGAAGUUACAAUCAAAUUUGAGAUCCCUAAGAUUGAACCACAUCUGUCUCCAGAAGUUAGAUAAAAUGGCCAUUCUAGCAGCUUCUUGAAUGGCCAAUAAUCCCAAUAUGCUUUCAAGUAUUUCCGAAGGAAGCUCACUGAAUCUAUCCAUCCUUCUAGUAGCCAUCAUCCCAGCAGGAGCUUGAAUAUAUGCAAUUAAAGAACAAAUACAUAAAACCUAAUCCACGACGAUACAGCGAACUAGGAUAUGGCGAUUAAAGUAGCCUCAAUCACAUUUAAGAUGUUAAUAAUGGAUGAGUAUGAAUAUGAACAAAGGAGAAUGCAAAAUAUAGAUAACUACGCAUUUGUUAGCUUUCGGAACUAAGUAAUAAAUGAAAGAGUGAAUCCACUCACAUGUACGAGGCUGUGUCCUUGAGUUUAAAAAGAGCUUAACCACAGCGGCAAACCAUUACUCAGUACAUCAAUAGCUAGGGCGAAUCUGGGAAUAACUGGUGGGGAGUGGAGACAGCGGACAUAAAUUAAUUUUUCUUUUGAAGGGAAAAGCUUAAAUUUUACUCCUAUUUUAUAAGAUAUCUUUACUAUUCACUCAUAAAUUACUCUUAAUCUCUUACUUUAAAUAUCAAAAAUUUAUGAAACUUGAAUUACUUUUUGCAGGUUUUGUAGCAGUUUUAAUGUAGUUUCUGAAUAUGUAGUUUUUUUCUUCUAAAAAUAGUUUGAGUGCAGACAGGGACCCGUUUAUUUUAUUAUCAGUCAAACAUCGUAAAACGAAAAGUAUCUUAUAAUUCGGGGCGGAGGGAGUAUGAUUCAAGAACCAAAUAUUGGAACUUGGAAGACACAUAAGAAAAUCUUGACCUCACCGGCUCACCUCACUGUGAAGGAUUUGGGCACAAACUUAUAGCUAAAUGAAGUAGAUUUGUUUGUCUCUCUCGUAUCCUUAUUUGUCUCAUUUUAGGCUUUUCACCUAUUGGCCAUCGCAUUAAAUUUAUCUCAUAUACUUAGGGGUGGUUCGGUACGGUAUAGUGGUAUACCGAAUAUAUUCUCUCAUAUAUUUGUCAUACCAAAACUUUCGAUUUACAAGAUUUAUAUAUUGAUACAUUACCGAAGUUUUGAUAUACCGCAUUUCGGUAUACCGAAGUUUCGGUUCGGUAACGGACUAACGGUACGGUAAAUUACCAUGCAUGUCUCUCAAUACAACAAAUUAUCAUAGACUAACAAAAUAUAGAGAAUUUGUGUUAUUAGCAACAUAUUUAGUGCAUUAUUAAAAUGUUAUAAAAUACAAAUAAUAAUUUAUUGAUGUCACAUUCAAUAUUUUUCCUCAGCCUUACAUAUACUUCAUAUCUAGAUUGAUGAAUAAAAAAUAGGACUACUCAAAGAAUAUGUUGGUUAAAAUUUACCAAGAUAGGAGUGAAUAGGUCAUAUUUUAAUAAAAAUUACUGUAAAAGUAUAAUAUUGCAUAUAUAUAAUAGGCUAAAGGGUGAAAUAGGUACAUGAACCAACUUAAAGUGUUCAAUUAGCCCCUUAUAUAGGAGGUUAUGCCCGGCUGUCGCCAAUUGGGGCGAUUCUCGGUGGAAUUUUUUGAUGAAAUUUUUUGAGCAUCUUCUUCAUUAAGUCUAGUUUACCCAUACCAAAUUUCGCCAACCCACUGAUGUGUGUUUUCUCGCACUUAAAAUAGAUCGUAAUAUAGUGGUGUAAGUACGAGUAUCGUCUCCACAGGGACGGACAAAAGGGAAUCAAGAAUUAAUUAAAUUCAGCGAUUAAAAAGAAAAUAAAAUAAAAGCGUCGUGCGAGAUUGGUUGGUUUGGAAAAUAAAACUAAUGCGAACAAUUAAACUAGGGGGUUCUUUCUAAUUAAUGACGAAGGGAACAGGGAUCAAUUCCGGGGUAACCAGAUUUCUGGCUGAUCAGGCCUAAUUACAUGAAAUUAAUUUAAUUGAGCCUAGCUGAUCAUUACUAAGUUCUUACCGCUAUCGCGGCGUAGAGUACAAUAAUUUAGGGGACCAGGCUGAUCUCUCAUGCGACAGGAUCCUAAAUUAUUGCCAAGACGAGCGAACUUACGGCCCCUUAAUCGCUACUAAUCUCUUAGCGAACGAUUAAGUGUGUGUGAAUGUGUCCUAGAACAAAUUAGAUCUCUCUUAAUUUAUUCUACAUGCAAUUGUAAUUCUAGUCGCGAUUCUAGGUUACAAAAGAUAUCAAUUAAAUUAUUCAAACACAAAUUAAACGGCAUUCAUGCAAUUAAACCGAAAAGAAUCUAGCCAUACAUCAUGAUUAACCCCUUCAUCAAUCCCAAAUCCCUAAUUAAAACUACUCACAAUUUAUAAUUGAAGAAUCAAUAGAAUUGGGAAGAAUAGAAGUAAUUGUCAUUAAUUAAAAAUGUGGAACUUACAAAGAAUCCCAAAAGAUUGAUGAACAAGGCUGAAAAGUCCUCUAAAAUUCGUGCUAGGCACUCUCUCUAAGCCCCCCUCGAAAACGGGGUUUACAGGCUGUUUAAAUAGGGAAAACGGAACAAAUUCGGGCGAAAUUAGGAUUCCAGGGGUAACGCACGGGGCCAACGCACGGCGUGCGUCCCCCAGUGCGCCCGGAGCAUAGCCACGUAAAAAUAUGGAACACACGGCGUGCGUCCCCCAACGCACGGCCGUGCGUUGCUGGCAGUAUCUUCCGUGCUUUCUCGCCUCAGACGCACGGUCGUGCGUUCCCCUACGCACGGCGUGCGUAAAACUUCCGAAUUGGACCAAACUUUCUUCAUGAAAGUUGUAGAUAAUGAAGUCCUCUAUCCACCCCAAUUUGCUAAAUGUUAUUUGAAUCAUCCAAUCAAGAGAUAUGAUCAAAACGGUGGAAGGUAUCAUUCUGAAAUCGCAGCAGAGAUCAUCUGACUUCAUCGUCUGUUUUCUCCUUCUUCCUCUCGGAUUCUCGGAAUUAUGUCUUCAUAUGAUUUGUAUCUCUUGAAGUUGGAUUUCAUUUGGACUUUGAAUCGUGUUCUUUGGUUGUUUCUACAAGGAGAUAUGCUUGAACGAUUGACAGAAGGUCAUCCUGAUCGCCGUUUUCAAGCUCUAUUCGUUUUCUUUUGACCCCGUAACCAAUCCUAGACCUCUUUUUCCUUCAAAUCUUCAUCGUGAAUCUUCCGGUGACCUCCAAAGCUAUCAAAUCAUUCUCAAAUUCUUCUCAAAUCAUCCCGAUUGUUCCUCAAGUGCCGGUACCGGGCUCAAAUUCCUUGAUUUUGACUACAAACAACACAAAACUCGAACCAACGCCCGGUAAACAUAACUUAAGCUAAAAUUGAGACUUGUAACACCUUAAAACUAGGAAAAUCAUCAAAAGCCGAUCUCAACACGCAUCAAAUACGUGUCAAAAUACGGACUUAUCAAAUUCCCUCACACUUAAGCCUUUGCUUGUCCUCAAGCAAACUGAAACACGGGACUUACGAUAAUCACCACACGGAAUCAAAACAAUUAGCAUGCACAUGUAGUUAAAGGGAUAUUCACAGAACAGACAAACUAAACCAAGAAAAUUCUUCCUUAAACUACAUCUUUGUACUCUAGCUAAACUAUUUGACAAAGUAUUCACAACAUCCUUAGAGUAAUGACAGCACACACAAAUAAACUAGCUAUUGAUCAGAAGGACUUGUGAAGGUGACUGUGAAUGGUGAAUGGUAAUAAACAAAAUCAGUCCAUCUUUUUUUUUUGAGAGUUUGGAACAUCCUGACAAAGACUCAAUGCAUUUGGGAAUUUCGGGGCUAUUUUUAAGAAUAAGGAACUUAGUAGGCCACAAUUUAGGAACAAUCAUUUAAACCUAUGCAAAGAGUAUACAUGGUGUACAACUAAGCUAAACCGUCUCAGCACAUUUGUGCAUUGACGUAUACUUGAAGUACGCGAAGGACUAAAGCUAAUUUUGCAAUAGCCUCCAUGUUCAUUUAAUUAGGUUUAAUUUUCCUUGUCAUGUUGGCACGAGAAUGCCAUUUCUUUCGAAAGAUACCCAAGUCUCAUCUUACGCUUUUUGACCGGGGCUCCCAUUCUCUUUUUCGCAAAGUAAGAGGUCUAGCUAUUAAUUAAUUUUUUCAAUUUUCAUAUUUUUACUAAACAUUACCCCAUUCUAAUCUCGGCCUCACCAAGGAAAAAUAGCAAUUAAUGUUCAUUAAUUUCAAAGUGAAUCCAUGCCUACGUACAAUGCAAUCCUCGAAAGUAUCAUAUUCCUAAAAGAUGACUGCUCUUACCUCAUUUGGGGCAUAGGAACAGUGCCAAAAUUGGCUCCUACACAAAUUCCCUAAACUUAGCAAAUCAAUCCCUUAGUUCCCUAAACAUCAAAACUAUGUCAGAAAUAUUCACGGGUAAGGAAACACGGUCCAUUUGGCUAUGGAGAUCAAUUAAUUGGAUAAACAAUAAACGGUCAUGCUCAAAAUGGCUUCUCCUAAAGGAUUUUUUUCAGGUGGGGGGAUGAUUAAUGGAAAAUUCAAUGGGUGACUAUUGCCUUCAUCCUUUCAAUAACUAUAUUACCAUGCAAGCAAUUUAAGCCUAAACACUUCAAGAAUGUCAUAAAAGCAUAGUCAAAACGCUAGUCAGCUCACAAAGACACAGUUUAAAGAAAAAUUUUCAGAAUUUUGACAUGACUUUUCUACGAAUAUACAACUAAUACCUGCGCAUGCUAACUCUAAUAAUCACAUGUAACAACUACUGCCCGAAUGCCCAAAUCACUCCCCCACACUUAAACUUUGGCAUCGCCCUCGAUGACCAAAAAUGCACUAUGCACAAAGGGGGUAAAGGGGAAAGGGUCACGCGUGCUCAACUUAGCUCAAGUCAAUUAUUACAAAAAGGCGAUUAAAAGAGUCGCAGAAACUUCCCUAAGGGGCUGGUCGGUGCAGAACUAAACUUAGUCAAUGAUCCUCGGUACAUCAUCCCCAAAGCAAGAUCCUGAGCUGCAAAAACAAAACACACGAACACAAAAACAAACCCAAAAAACACCCCGGAUUUUUUUUCGGGGGUUUUCUGAAAGCAAACAAACAAACAAACAAACAAAAUGCAGAAAUAAGCUUGGGUUGCCUCCCAAGAAGCGCUAUUUUUAACGUCGUUUGCCCGACACAACUUCCUCAUAGGCUCUCAAAUAGCACAGACAUCAGUGGUGCACUAAUAGUCAACAUCUCCAGCUUCCUCUCAACAAAUGCCAUUAGUUGGCGCAGAUCUUUAAAUUCUUCAGUCCACGUAGGCAGCAUAUGGUCUUCAUAACCCUCAUCAGCGCAGAAGUGAAGUAUGAAACUCUCAUCCUCUUCAGGUGGAUAGGGAACAUGAGUGAAAACUUUGAUUACUCUAGGUGUCACCGGAAGCUCAAAAGAUGUCUCAAAGCAAAGAUUAGGAGCAACACCGUGAUCAAAAUGCACCAUAGAAAAGUCUUUUUCUUCUCCACAAAUAUCAUGAACAUUCACAACCUCUCCUCCAAACUCUGUAUCACUCUCCAUGAAGGCAUCCCAACUCUCGUUAAUACCUAAACCUACCUCAGUAGCACAAUCAUCAAGACUGAUCUUCUCCUUGCCCUCCUCAGGUGCUGAGACUAAUGGUAAAUCAAAUGGCUGGGGAGUUUCUGUAUGAAAAUCACAAUGAUCAGUGACUUCAUCAGUUACAACUUGUACCGUUUGAAACUUUUUCCUGUAUUCUUGGAAAAACAACUUGACACUACUAUCUUCUUCAUCAUCUUCAACCAUAGGUGGGUCUUCAAAGGCAUCAAGAAGUGUAUCAUCCAUCAUAUUCCCACUAUCAUAGUCUGACUCGCUCACGUGAUCAUCCAUAUUGGUCUCCUCGGGUUGGGCGUCUGUGUCGCUAGGAUGAGAUCUCUCGGACUCCUCAGAUAAAGCCUCUAUAAUCUGCCCCAAUUGAUUAUCCAUGUUCUGCAUCCUUGUGUUUGCUUGCUGUUGAAUUGCCAUGCUCGCCUCAGUUGCUUGCAUGACUUGCCUGAGUGUUUCUUCCAGGUCAGACAGCUUCUCUGAAAUUAUCUCUUCCACUUCAUCCUGUGGCUCAUAGCUCGGCAAAGACGUAGGAGUGACUGAAACAUUUGUGUUCGUAAAUUGUGGGGAGGAAGAAGUGGGGUAAGCAGUUUCCCGGAAAGGAUGGUCAUAUAGAGGUUUGAUGGGGCAAAGACAUAAAUGGUGAUCUCCUCCACAGAAGGAACAAAUGAUAUCCUUAAAACAUUAAGAUAUUUCCUCAGGCGUUUUAUUUAGAAGCAUAAAUUCAAGAAUGGAGCCUCGUCUUACGCUUACCCAAGGGUAAUGUGAUGAAGGAUAGUAAGAAUCAGAAUGAAAGGGUUGUGUGGUUGGAGUGUACGGAUAAGAAGGCUGAAUAUUUUGUGGUGUAGGAGAGUAAUUUUGAUGAGGUGUGUAAUAUUGAGGAGGAGGAGUGUAAGGAGGGUAUGGCGUAUAUGGUGAAAAUUCCAUGGAGGUUUGGGGAAAAGGAAUUCCUCCAGAAAUUUGGCUGAAUGGGUUCAUCUCAUGCCUCUUUGAAAAAAAAACUGAAAGGUUAGCACAGAAAAAUCCUACGAAGAAAAACUAACUAAAAAAAAUCUCGCUGAAAUUAAUUAACUCUUAAAACCGACACCGUCACCAUUAAGUGUAGUUUACCCAUACCAAAUUUCGCCAACCCACUGAUGUGUGUUUUCUCGCACUUAAAAUAGAUCGUAAUAUAGUGGUGUAAGUACGAGUAUCGUCUCCACAGGGACGGACAAAAGGGAAUCAAGAAUUAAUUAAAUUCAGCGAAUAAAAAGAAAAUAAAAUAAAAGCGUCGUGCGAGAUUAGUUGGUUUGGAAAAUAAAACUAAUGCGAACAAUUAAACCAGGGGGUUCUUUCUAAUUAAUGACGAAGGGAACAGGGAUCAAUUCCGGGGUAACCAGAUUUCUGGCUGAUCAGGCCUAAUUACAUGAAAUUAAUUUAAUUGAGCCUAGCUGAUCAUUACUAAGUUCUUACCGCUCUCGCGGCGUAGAGUACAAUAAUUUAGGGGACCAGACUGAUCUCUCAUGCGACAGGAUCCUAAAUUAUUGCCAAGACGAGCGAGCUUACGGCCCCUUAAUCGCUACUAAUCUCUUAGCGAACGAUUAAGUGUGUGUGAAUGUGUCCUAGAACAAAUUAGAUCUCUCUUAAUUUAUUCUACAUGCAAUUGUAAUUCUAGUCGCGAUUCUAGGUUACAAAAGAUAUCAAUUAAAUUAUUCAAACACAAAUUAAACGGCAUUCAUGCAAUUAAACCGAAAAGAAUCUAGCCAUACAUCAUGAUUAACCCCUUCAUCAAUCCCAAAUCCCUAAUUAAAACUACUCACAAUUCAUAAUUGAAGAAUCAAUAGAAUUGGGAAGAAUAGAAGUAAUUGUCAUUAAUUAAAAAUGUGGAACUUACAAAGAAUCCCAAAAGAUUGAUGAACAAGGCUGAAAAGUCCUCUAAAAUUCGUGCUAGGCACUCUCUCUAAGCCCCCCUCGAAAACGGGGUUUACAGGCUGUUUAAGUAGGAAAAACGGAACAAAUUCGGGCGAAAUUAGGAUUCCAGGGGUAACGCACGGGGCCAACGCACGGAAUGCGUCCCCCAGUGCGCCCGGAGCAUAGCCGCGUAAAAAUAUGGAACACACGGCGUGCGUCCCCCAACGCACGGCCGUGCGUUGCUGGCAGUAUCUUCCGUGCUUUCUCGCCUCAGACGCACGGUCGUGCGUUCCCCUACGCAUGGCGUGCGUAAAACUUCCGAAUUGGACCAAACUUUCUUCAUGAAAGUUGUAGAUAAUGAAGUCCUCUAUCCACUCCAAUUUGCCAAAUGUUAUUUGAAUCAUCCAAUCAAGAGAUAUGAUCAAAACGGUGGAAGGUAUCAUUCUGAAAUCGCAGCAGAGAUCAUCUGACUUCAUCGUCUGUUUUCUCCUUCUUCCUAUCGGAUUCUCGGAAUUAUGUCUUCAUAUGAUUUGUAGCUCUUGAAGUUGGAUUUCAUUUGGACUUUGAAUCGUGUUCUUUGGUUGUUUCUACAAGGAGAUAUGCUUGAACGAUUGACAGAAGGUCAUCCUGAUCGCCGUUUUCAAGCUCUAUUCGUUUUCUUUUGACCCCGUAACCAAUCCUAGACCUUUUUUUCCUUCAAAUCUUCAUCGUGAAUCUUCCGGUGACCUCCAAAGCUAUCAAAUCAUUCUCAAAUUCUUCUCAAAUCAUCCCGAUUGUUCCUCAAGUGCCGGUACCCGGGCUCAAAUUCCCUGAUUUUGACUACAAACAACACAAAACUCGAACCAACGCCCGGUAAACAUAACUUAAGCUAAAAUUGAGACUUGUAACACCUUAAAACUAGGAAAAUCAUCAAAAUCCGAUCUCAACACGCAUCAAAUACGUGUCAAACUUCAAUCUCCGGUGGCGGGAGUAAUCAUCAUCAGCGGCCGCCUUCGCUUGAGAUUGAAUGUACGUAAUUGCUGGUUUGAGCAUCAAGAGACGACUGUUGCUUCAAUAUUAGAAUGGUGAUGAUAACAUUAACCUCCACCUUCUCGCUGCUGCCGAAUUGCUUGCUCAUAAUGCGCUUUGCCAUUUAUGUGACCCAUAACAGGCAUCGGAAUGAAGACUAUCUCCAAUGCUUCUUUCAUCUUCUUAAUUUGGGUAUCCGUGUAUACCUCACUAUAAUUAAAGAUUAGUAUGAAAUAUGAAUAAGAAUGGAGAUUAACCAGUUUAUAUUGAUCGAGUUUCGAUUUACACAGCAGAGGUAUUGUGUCUGUGUAUUUAUACACGAAGUUUAUACUACAAAAGAUGGAAUAGGCCGUUGACAUUGGUGUCUGGCUGCAAAAGGUGGCAUACGUAUUUGAUACGUGAGUGCUGAUCCAUUCUCCCAAAAAAAUUGUUAUUUUUCCCGAUCCACCGUUAAUUCUCCCACACAUCGUUAAUCCACCGACCCACCAUCAUUGUUUUAUGAGAUAAUUACCCUAGGUAUGACUAAAACUUAUUCACUUUCCCAAUUUAUGACUUAACUAGUUUUUUUACCAAAAUAAUAUUAAAAUUUAAUUAAAUUCGUAAUAAUUAAAUAAAUACGUAGUAUAUAAUAUCUAUACUAAUAUAAAAGCAAAAGAAUUUUGUGAAUAGUACUCCCUCCCAAAAAUGUCAACAUCAAGCUAUGGUUGAGGUAAAUUGUAAAAAGUGAUUGGAUUUGUUGGUUGGCAUGGUAAAUAAAAUAAAGAACGGGUAAAUAAGAGUUCAUUUGGGUUGAUCCGAAGGAUGGGUUCCGGUUACUUCCAAAAUGGCGCAAACAGUAAAAGGAGGCAUGUUCCUGCACUCCUAAUGGUCAAAAAUGAAUGUACACUGUUUACACACAUGGAGAUAGAUUGAAUCCCGAUUAUCCAACCUUGCCUAUUCAUUUUUGUGGCUAGGAUUCAAAAAGAUGGAGCUACUUUUUUGCUAUUGGUUAAAGAGGGUGGUGGGAAUAGUCUCACAAUAAAUCCUAUUGGCAGGAAUGGGUGGCUCAACAGUAUACUUAUUGGGAAUUUUCAAAGUUCCUAACUCAAAAUAGUUGAGGAUGAACUAGACAAUGUAACUUGGAAAUGUAUCUACACAUUUAAUCUCCCCUAUAAAAAGCAACCCACGGGAACACUUCUUCCCACACCAAAACAUUUCAUUACAAAUUUCCUGUCCAAGUAAACAAAUUCUCAAAAUGGUUGGAAUGUGGUCUAUGAUACGCGAGAUAGACCAGACUAAAACGACCUGGGCCAUCAAAGCUAGGGCUGCAAGGGUAUACCGUGAGCCUGCCCACGAUGGCUUUCCGCCAUCUCUGGAAGUGAUCUUUCAUGACGCAGAGGGCUCAAAGAUUCACGCUCACGUUCCUGAUCAGUUUGUUGUCAAGUUUCACGCCUUAUUUAAGGAGGGUCAUGUCUUUGCAGUUAAAAAUUUCAUGGUGGAAGAAAACUUUAUGUUUUUCAAAACAACAACAAGUGCUUACAGGCUAAGAUUUUUUAAAAAAAGUGAGGCAUUUGAGAUGAAAAUUCCAUUUCCAUUGAAGACGUUUUCAUUGGUGUCCUUUUCCACUCUACACGCACAAGACACUAUAGAUGAUAGAGCGGCAAUCGAUAUCAUCGGCCAGGUUGUCCAUGACAAAGACCCUAAAACGAUUCUAAAGAAUGAUCGACCCAAGAAACUGAUUGAGCUCAUUUUGGGAGAUACUGAGGGAAAUGUAAUCGCAUGCACGCUGUGGGGUCCUAUGGUAGAUAUGUUGGUUACCUACAAACUAACCACAACAGAACCCAUUGUCAUGCUUCUGCAAUGCUGCAGAGCAAGAAAAUACCAAGGUCAAGUGCAUGUGUCAAAUAUGUGUAACACCACCAAAGUCAUUAUGAAUGGUUCGGAGGAAGUGUUCAAUGAUUUUAAGGCGAGAAUGGCUAAAAGGUGUGGGGAGGGUUUAAGCUUUACAAUAUCUUCGGAUACCUCCAACGAAGGAGACAUUAGCAGCGGACAGAUCGAACUGGUCACUAUUGACCAACUGACAAGAAUGGAGGAGGAUGGCAAACACUGGGUCUACGGAGAGAUUGCUGGAAUAGACAGUCACAGAGACUGGUCUUACGUUUCUUGCAUUGGAUGUAACCGCAAAGUCACGCCCAAUGGUGACACAUUUCAGUGUUUAACUUGCAACACUUCCGAUGCAGUCCUUCGGUACAAGGUCAACGUUAGGGUCAUCGACAGAACAUCACAUGCAUCAUUCACGCUGUGGGAUAGGGAAGUUUCGUGUCUGAUAGGUCGUUCUGCUUCGUCUUUGAAGGAACAAGUGGCCAAGAGAAAUUUUGGCCCCCACUACUUUCCUUCGGAGAUCAAUGCCCUGAUGGAUAUCAGGGCAUUGUUCCAUGUGCAAUGCAAGAUGGACUGCCGGAACUACAAGGGCAACCAAACCUUCAGUGUGCUUAGAAUGAAUACUGAUCCUAGGGUUAUAUCCCUUUAUGUUUCUGAGACAAGCACAGCUGAGGAUGAGGAUGAGUUUGCCCUGUUGAGGAAGGAGUUUUGUGGCACAGAGAAUGUUGGGUCGUCCCAGAGUAUCAAUUCAACAAGCCCACCACUGCUGAGCAAGGAAAAGAGGAUUGCGCUUGAAAUUGAUGGAGAAAAGUUGAAGAAGAAUCUGUUUGGAGAGUCUUCUUCAACAGUCCCAAUGAAGAAAAUGAAGGGCAUAAAGAUCGAGGAGCCUAAGCCUUGAGGUUUACCAAUUCCAGGGAAGAUAUAUGUGGUUUGCAGGAGGUAGUGCUAUAUAUUAUGGGUGCCUAGAGUUUGAUGUACCCAAGUUAUGAAGACAACUAAAUAAAACUUCCUCCAGUUGUUGUGUCCUAUCUAUGUUCUGUUCAGUAUGUUGGUCCUAAGUAGUAUCAAUGUAAUAAAAGGUCACAACCAGAAAAUGUUGCUAGAAGACAAAAUACUAACACUAUCACAAGUGUUCGGCUGUCUUCUACGUUUUUUGUAUUUUGGAUUUUGUAAUUGGUUCGCACAUUUUAACCGAAAGUGUGCUCUGGCUGUAACUCAACUGAUCUAAUGAUAUAUAUUAAGUAUCUAAUGUUAGUUUAUUUGUAAAGAACUAUAUUUUAAACAUGAAAUAGUUUUCCAGAGGACCAGGGCCGAGUAACCCCCUAAUUUGAUUAGGCCAAUAAGGCAUAACCUCCAUAGCCUUUUCGCGUUAGCUAUGGUUUGACUACACAGAGACUAACAGUCUAACACCAUAGUUCAAGUGGGUAAAAUAAUUCUGAAAUACCCUUAUACUCUGCCCUAGGCUUAUUCAUUCCAUUCCUACACAGGUCAGAACCUGUGUGGCAUAUAAGGGUGAUCUGAAGAAAAUUGGCACUUUAACUUAACAGAUAUGUAUUCAUGUGGAUUUGAUUGUUACUUUUAAAUUAGAGAAACCAACUUGUGUGUCAUCGUUUUAAAAAUUAUGAUUUCAUAUUGGAGGAAAAAGCAGGCAGUUUUUUAAAGGGGAAACUAAGAUCUUGUGUGUGAAAGAUUUUUUGUGGAAAAAAGUUCCUAAGAAAAUCUUUAGCGGCAACCUUGAAUGGGUCUCAGGUGUUUCAUUUGAGAAAUAGUAUGUUCGAGACCCACAUAAAAAAUUUGUCAUGUUAAAGUGCCUGUAUCAUAACAACAAAGGCAUAUAAUUUAAAGAUAAGCGGUGCAUGGAACAACAUACCUGGGAUCGGGCUGGAGCGGGGUACAUCCUAAAUCUAGCCUAAGUCUAAUUAUUACAACAUUUGUGAUCAAAACAACAGAAUAAUAAAUAAAACUACAUUCCCCAGUAACAUGCCACAAUUCAUUUGUCUUCCCAUGGUAGACCUGCAAUUUAAAAAAUAUGGUCCUGCGUUAGAAUGUUCAUACACAUGUCUUGAAACUGCUGUGAAAUGGAGAUUCAAAUUGCAGUCGAAUAAUGUAAGGAAAAUCAGAAUUACACCAUAUUUGACCACCCCCCUGAUUGGCUGGCAUGAUCGGGGCAGUUCGUUGCACAUUGGCAAUUCAUAUGACUAGGGCAGUUCGUUACACAUACAAUCAUACCAAAUCAAACCUAAAUCAGUAGAGGUUAUUGACAUAUUGUACACAGAUAUUGGCUGGCUUGAAAGUUUACAAACCUCUUCGCUUUGAUUUGUCUCGCACAACUUUUAGUAAAAAUAUUUUAAAUUUUUCUACACACAUUCUGCACUGAUUAUUAAUCAUCCUUAAACAAAGUCAUUGAAAAAUUUGUGUGUGAGACACAUCAUAAACACAUGAACAAUUUUUUUGUAAAAGUAUAAAAGUUUUCAAAGAUGUAAAGGUAUUUGGCAAAGGUCCUGCGAUAUUGGUCAAUAUAUGAGUUCUUUCGAGAAAAACAUUAUCUAUGGCCUGCAGUAAAAUAUUCCUUCAGGAUCAUAAGUUAUUUAAUCCAUCUAUGGCUCAUAUGCAGGAGUUCCUGAUUUAACUUGGUCAAAACCUGUUUUUAUACAAAACAAAUUGUGUGUCUAUCGAAAAGCAGGUAGCUAUUUUCAAAAUUUUCAUGUACUAAUGGCAAACCUGAUAUGUGCCAGAGGAAAUAAACUAAAAUAGGGACUUAAUUUCUUAAGAGAAAUCUGAGGACUUUUGUGCAGACCAAUUUAUAUUCUUGCAACAAAACUACUUAAGCAGUCUAAGGGCAUCAUAAAAUGUUGUUGGAGAGGAUUAAAUGUGCGUAAAAUAAUUUGUGUAGCGAUGCAAGUAACUGCCCCGGUUUCAUUAAAACAGUUAUUGACUGCAACUGGCCAGACAAAUUUCGUAAUAUACGUGUAACGGAUCAACAAGACUACGAUAUAUUAAAAGCCGAGGCAUAGAUAAACAUACCUUGGUCAGGCUUGAGCAGGGAACGACCUAAAUCUAGCCUAAGUCAAAUUAUUACAACAUUUUUUUUAAUUGAAUUAAAGAACGAUAAAAACAUUUGUGUUCCGCAAUUCAUGGAAUGACCGAUGGUCAA